ACUACGUUAUUUUGGCUCAAAAUUACACACAACUCGGUAAAUUCCAAUUAAUUUCAGUUUACACGCAUACCAGCGCCCAAACACACACAGAUACAUAGUCCCAAUGUCGGCUGUGUGCCGUAACGCCAAACCCUCAGCUCAGCCCUCCAAGCCCACAGGCCGGUCCCAAGCCCAAGCCAGAUCGCCAACCGCUCGCACAAACAACUAUGACGUUGUGGAGCUGAGUAGCAAUGAGGUGUGCAAGGCCGGUGGCAUCUCACUCGGUCCGGUGCUCAUCAAAACUCAAAUCAAGCCAGAUGAUGUGGUGAACGCUCGAUUUCGCAUCAUUAAGACGCCCACGAAUAGCCCUAAGGCCGCGGAAAAUGGCGAACUGAGCGAUGAUCAGUAUAAUGUGAAAAUGGAGCGAUUGCUGAAGUGCAUCAUGGCCGAGGUGGAGAUUGGUAAGCGAUUGCGGCGGGAGACGAUACGACUGAAGGAGCAACAGUCCAAGUUGCAGCAACUCAAGAAAAUGGAACAACUCAAGGAUAACUACGAGAGAGAACGCUUCCGAUUGAUGAAGGAGCUACACUUGAGCUAUGUGCACCGCACACCCUCGAUGUCACCAGAACGACCGCAAUCCGAACCGGAUAAGCAACGUAGAUCCCCUCCCGUUUCACCAGCAACGCCCACACUGCCCACUACCUGGAAGCCUCGCAGUGCUAGCCAUGCUCCUCCAAGUAAUCGGCAUACACAACGUCCGAACAAUCAGACUAAACGCCAACGAGCUGUCUAUGAGCCACAAAAACCAAAACAAUUGAACAUCAGGGCGCCAGCUCCUACCUCCUCCAGCUCGCUUAAAACUGCCUAUUCCCGAACACAGUCCACAACAUGGCAAGAGCACCAGCGACAGCAGGGAGCACGUGUCCUGCAGAAGCCCAUCCUUAGCAGCUAUAUAGUGCCACCCAUCGAUCUCUGCGCUAAGGUGAAGGCUAAACUUUCGCAGAUGUCGCGCAGCAAGUCCAGCACUCCAUCGAUGGUUUCGGCCAAGUCUCAAGAGCUUUGCACGCCAUCUCAAAUGGACAUCUUCCAUGACGCCCCCGACGAAAUAGCCACCGAGUCCUACUACGAUAUGCUCGAAGUUCCACGACAUAGUUCAGUUGCAGUGAGAGCUUCUAAAAUGGCGCAGGGUCGAGCGGCCAGUGCCAGUCGUUUUAGCAGCUGUCAAUGAAACUGUUAGGAGCAGCAGGGGAAAGCUACAAUUCUUUUAUAGUGUGUGUGUGUGUGUAGAGUAUAGUAUGUUCACAACGAAAUUGAAAAGUAUUAUAAGUAUAGUAUACCAAGCAUUAUAUACUUACAUAAAUCAUGUGCAAUACUUAAGCUAUAACAA